AUGCCGUCAACCGCCGCCAAACUUUUUAUCCCUUCGCCGACUUGCACCGUCGAACAACUCCUUAGCCGCGACUUCCACUCGGCUCCCAACCCACUUCCGUGGCAACCCGGCGCAAAUUUGGACUAUUCCCCGCACAAGCCGGAUGCACCUGCUGAUAUCCCCCGUUGGGUUGCUCUCGUGGACCACUAUUCGGCAACCACGGCCGUCACCCUGCCUCACAUCACCACCUUUGGCCCAGAAACUCUUUCCGUGAUCCAUCCAGGGGCGCCAUCCUCUCGGCUGCCUAUAUGGUUUGUAGAACUCUGGGUUUCGCUAUCUGACGUUUACAGCAUGCGUCGGGGAUAUCUACGCUCAAGAACGUGGGUGCUCCACAUGCGCGACACCGGCGCGUGGCCUGUUGCGGAGUGCGAGGACGUCCUUCGCCACUUAUCUUUCCUACCGGCCACAGACCACGUGUGGCGACACGCCGCAACCCGUCUCGCCUCGUCCAAUCAAUGGAUCAACUCAGAUGUCCUCGACCUCGUCGCAAUUAUGCUCAACUCCGAGAUUCGUGAAACGCCUCUUCGAGGUGUCGCGUUCGUCCUUUCCCCCGGCGUUUCGGGCUACUCGGCGAAGAAGCUCGCGGAGAGGUUCUCGCGUUGGAUUGUUCGCCGCGUCUUCCAAAAGGAUGCGACGCUGUACAUACCUUGGCACUUAGACUCCCAUUGGAUCACCGUCGUCUUCGACAUCGCUCUUGGCAUCAUCAGGUAUGCCGACUCAAAGCCGUCGUAUAGCACCACCUUGCUUCCAAGCGCAAAGCGCAAGAUGGGGAAGGUUUCGGCAGCCAUCGACAGGGCGACUGGCAGGCCGGUCCGCAUGUGGAAGUUCGACAGCAAGUCAAUCGCCUGCGAAGAGCAGAAAGACGACCAUUCUUGCGGCGUCGCUGCGGCUUUUACCAUUGCGCAUCAGAUAUUCCCAGACCGCAGUCCGUGGCAGCCAGGCUUCCCGGAUCAGCUGCGGCUCAGCCUCCUUUUGCAGCUCUUGCGCCGUGCGCCUCAGGUGCGUUCACUUUCUACCAACCCAUCAAGUUCAUGA